UUUUAGUCUUUGUAAAACUACCUUUGAAAACGAUACAAACAAAUUUGAUUCAACAGCUUGAAAAAAAACAACAACAGAACACUCACUCACCACACAAAUUCCCUAGGAAAAUGAGAUAUUUACGAAAAUUUCCCAAUUUGUCCAAGACAAGAACGUAUAGUACAAAACCACAUUUUGCCAAACCAUAUCAAGAUAUACCAGGACCAAGAGGUCCUUUAGGCUUAGGUAAUAUCUUUAAAUAUCUACCAUUGGUGGGUCAGUAUUCAUGGCAAGCAUUACAUAAAGCCGGUGCUGAUAAAUAUGAAAAAUAUGGUCCAAUUGUUAAAGAGACCAUGGUGCCGGGUGAGGAUAUAGUGUGGUUAUAUGAUCCCAAGGAUGUGGCCACAUUGUUAAAUGAAAAAGAUUGUCCUCUAAGGAGAAGUCAUUUGGCUUUGGAAAAAUAUCGUAAAGAUCGGCCACAUGUGUAUAGAACAGCGGGCUUAUUGCCAACCAAUGGUAGCGAAUGGUGGCGUUUACGCUCGGAAUUACAAAAAGAAAUCAGUGCUCCAAAAAGUGUGCGUAGUUUUCUACUAGAAGUAGAUGAAGUGACCAAAGAAUUUAUAGACUAUGUAACAAAAAAUGAUGAUAUAGAUAUUUUACCUAAAUUGACUAGGUUAAAUCUGGAAUUAACCUGCUUAAUAACCUUUGGCGAGAGAUUAAAUUCUUUCACGGAAACGGAACAGCUGAGUAAUUCACGUUCUAGCAAACUAAUGCUGGCGGCAGAAACUACCAAUAGCAAUAUUUUACCCACCGAUCAGGGUUUACGUUUAUGGCGUUACUUUGAAACGGCAGCCUAUAAAAAAUUACGUAAAUCUCAAGAGUUUAUGGAAAGUGUGGCUGUAGAUUUGGUGUCCCAAAAGUUAGCCUACUUUAAAGAUACUUCCAUAGAUGCUACCGAAAGUCCCACCUCCUUAAGUAGAACCUGUUUGAUUGAAGAAUAUUUAAAAAAUCCGAAUUUAGAUUUAUGUGAUGUAGUGGGUACAGCAGCAGAUUUGCUGUUAGCUGGUAUUGAUACCACUUCCUAUAGCACAGCCUUUGCUUUGUACCACAUCUCGCGUCAUCCUAUGGUACAACAAAGAAUUUAUGAAGAGUCCCUUAAGGUAAUGAAAGAGCCAGAUGCUCCUAUAUUGGCGGAUAGUCUUAAUACGGGUAUACCCUAUACUAGGGCUGUAUUAAAAGAAGUAUUUCGUUUGAAUCCCAUAUCGGUGGGAGUGGGUCGUAUUUUAAAUAGAGACUUAAUAUUGGGAGGUUAUCAUGUACCCAAAGGGACAGUAGUGGUUACCCAAAAUAUGGUGGCUUGCCGUUUGGAAAAGAAUUUUAAGAAUGCUUUAGCUUUUCAACCAGAGCGUUGGCUUAAAAAUGCGCGCAGCUCUAUUAAUCCUUAUUUGGUUUUACCUUUUGGACAUGGCAUGCGUGCCUGCAUAGCAAGACGUUUGGCAGAACAAAAUAUUUUAGUUUUAUUGUUAAGGUUUAUACGCAAUUAUGACAUAUCCUGGCAAGGCAAUGAUGAAGAAUUAGAUGUUGUUACUUUAUUGAUUAACAAACCUAGUGAACCCGUUGCCAUAAAAUUAAAACAACGGAUGUAGCAUUUGCUUAUAUGUUAUUCAAAUUAACCACUAACUACUGACAACUCCUGCUGAAUCUUAUGAAUUAUAUUAACAUUUUUUAAAGUAAAAGAUUUUUUUGUAUUCUUUUUUGUUUAAAUGUUUUUUUAUUUCUCUUUAUAUGAAGUUGUUGGUUGUUAUUUUUUUUAUUAUUGGUUUACUAAAUGUUACGGAAUCUUAAAUAAGUUUUUGUAAACUAAUUUUAUUCUUUUGUUAAAUUUAAAAUAAGCUUUAAAAAUUAUAGAAAACUAUUGUAUAAAUUAAUUUUUAAUUUUUUUUAGAAAGAAAGGCUUUUCCGAGUAUAUUAUUUAACUGUUUUACUUUUUAUUUUAAUAAAUAAUUGAUUAAUUGUAUUUACAUGUACGUACAAAAUAUUUAAAGUAAAUGUUUUAAU